AUGGACUUUUGCUGCAUCGACGAGUUUGACGAGAUGGAGGAGGGCGACCGUACGGCCAUCCACGAGCAGCCCGUGAGCAUUGCCAACGCCGGUAUUACGACGCUCAACGCGCAGACGACAGUGCCGCCUUCUCCAACACUGCGCUGUCCUUGGCACGAAGACAACCCGGCGAAGGCCGAGAUGCGCCGCGACGCCAAGAGCAUGGUCCCGAUACUAAGAAGGCUCAACAAGAAGCUCAUGGACCGCAUCAAAAGCGGCGCCGGCCGGAAGCGCAACCCGAGUCGCCGCGGAAAGCUGCCGCGCAUCUACAUACGGCGCCCGCAGUAA